CAUUCGAUUUCAGAUGGCGAAUUAACACCUGGCGAGGUAUGUUUGGUGUUACGCCGCGGAUCUAGAAGGAGGCGACGUGCUGUUAUUGUGGAGAAAAGACGAUCAGAAGCAGGGUCCGAGGAUGAGUAUUAUGUUCAUUAUGAAGGCACCGAUAGGCGUUUGGAUGAAUGGACACGGCGAAAUCAAAUCCAAAAAAUUGUUCUUCCUGCAGAUGCACCCGCAGAGAAUACUGUGAGGAAAACAACGCGAGUGAGGAAGAGGAAACGUAUCGAACUGAGUGAGUCACCGAAGCCGCCAGCGAUUGAGGAUGGUUUAGAUGUGCUCCGGAAAGAGCAUGAAGAAGUCACUAAAGUGAAAAAUAUCGAACGAAUCAGGUAUGGGAAUUAUGAGAUCGAUACAUGGUAUUUUUCACCUUAUCCAGACGAUUUUGGAAAAACACGUAAUUUGUUCAUAUGCCACUACUGCAUGCGAUACAUGAAGAUUGAAAAAAGUUAUCGAGCACAUUUGCUUCGAUGCGCGAAAAAAAAGCCGCCUGGAACCGAAAUUUAUAAGGAAAAAUCAAUUUCUGUCUACGAAGUUCCUGGCAGCUGCAACAAGUCCUAUUGUCAAUGCUUGUGCCUCCUAGCAAAAUUGUUCCUCGACAACAAAACGCUGUACUUCGACGUUGAACCGUUUAUCUUCUAUGUGCUUUGCGAAGUUGACAAGAGUGGUGCUUAUAUGGUGGGUUAUUUUUCAAAGGAGCGGGGAAAUCCAGACGGGAACAAUCUUGCAUGCAUUUGCAUUCUUCCUCCGUUUCAGCGGAGCGGUUACGGAAAGUUUCUCAUCCAGCUGAGUGAGCUUUCAAAAAGCAUUGCAUUUUCAGGUUAUGAACUUUCAAAACGAGAAGGUUUGAUUGGCUCACCGGAGAAGCCACUAAGUGAUCUGGGCAGUUUGAGUUAUCGCUCUUACUGGUCAUGGGUCAUAAUGGAAGUAAUCAGGAGCUGCUCGAAAAUCACAAUUGCGGAUUUAAGUCGCAAAACAGCUGUCCAUGCUGACGACAUACGAGAUACACUCCAGACACUCGAUUUAACUCGCUACUGGAAAGGAAACCCUGUACUGUACGUUACGCAACAACUUUUGGAUCGCUGUGGAAAAGCCGGAAUUUGCAAAAGACCGCGAUUACUUCUGCAACCCCGACUUCUGCGAUGGAAUCCAAAACGAGCCUCCGUGUAA